GGUUCUGCAGGGACUUGGCGGGGUUGGUUUUUGGAUGAAGAUUGCAGUGUGUCUGGUCCCUGGGCCCAGUCGGUUAAGUCAGCCGUGCGGGAGAUGGAAUAUGUGGACAUGAACCGUCUGGGCUGCGGAGGAGGAGGAGGAGCAGGAGGAGCAGGAGGAGGAGGAGGAGGGAAGAAGACGCGAGUGGAGGGGGGCCAGCUCGGGGGUGACGAGUGGACACGCCAUGGCAGCUUUGUGAACAAGCCAACUCGAGGCUGGCUCCACCCGGACGACAAGGUGAUGGGAUCCGGCGUCUCCUACCUCGUACGGUACAUGGGCUGUGUGGAGGUCCUGCAGUCAAUGCGAGCGCUGGACUUCAACACCCGGACGCAGGUCACCAGGUGA